GCAGAGCUUUCUUGCUCUAUAGUCAUUCUUUGUACAGAUAUCACCGAAAUGUUCACCACACUCGUUUCUGCUGGUGCCCUUCUCUCAGCCCUAGCCGUUCGUGGCGUCAGCGCUCAGGAUGCCUUUACCAUUGACACUCCCGUCAUGACCCAGUGCCAGAGUGCGUUGAUCACCUGGACCAGUGGUGCCCCACCUUUCGACCUCGUCGUCGUUCCUAGUGAUGCUCCUUGUGACAGUGACAAGGUUCUCGCGGAUCUCGGUGAUCAACUACAGAAUCAGUCUAUCACUUGGAACGUCAACCUUCCCGCUGGCACUCAAGUGAUGCUCUCCCUUGUCGAUGCCAACGAGAACGAAGCCUGGAGCGGAACUAUCACCGUCGGAGGAAGCGAUGACAGCUCGUGCCUUGCAGCUACCUCUUCGUCUUCUGUUGCUCCCUUGACAUCUGCUAACGUCUCGGCUGUUGCAUCCGGCGUUGCAUCCUCUGCGGCACCCCCGAUUCCGGCUGUCACUCCUGCUACAACUCUGACCGUCCCCGCUGACUUCAGCAUUCCUGCGGAUUCUACUCCCACUGACACCGCGCCCGUCUCCGAGUCUUCUGAGCCCGCUGCUGUCCCUAUCGGUGCCGCCAACGCUGGCGUCCUCCCCAACUCUAACAGUGCCUCCGUCGCACACAAGAUUGGCGGCUCUUUCGUCGCUCUUGCCGCUGUCGCCGCCUUCUUCGUCUCCAUGUAAUCGACCACCUUAUCACGAUUAUCGCCUGAUGAUACCCCUCUUCACGCUUUACGCGUCUUACGCAGAUCAGGAUCGUUGGAUGCUGCAAAUUUUUAUUGUUUAUAUAUUGUUCUGUGCUGGUCAAUGCUUGGAACCUUGAAGGUCUGGAUUUGUUCUCAGAGCUUUUGGCUUUCGCGAUGCGAAUAGUCUAAUUGCUUAGUGCUGCUGCUGGUGUCAGUUGUUAGAUGUCUUUAGUGCUUCGAAGCAAAGCGGCUUGGUUCUGUUCGCGCUGUAACUAGUUGUACCCGAUAGCUACACGCGUAUACCUGUUCAAUAAACUCGC